UCCAUCAAGGUCAGAUAGGAAAACCCAGCGUUGGUUGCAUUGAAAUGUUUGGUAUACAAAAAGGAUGAAAAACAAUUUGCCGAGAGUAUAUCAGGGCCUUUAGUCUGAGCUCUGAUCUGAUCCUUAUUUUGAUCUGAUCUGAAUCUUAUGAUCUCAUUUGAUCUUUAGAUUAACUUCUGAGUCUGCACCCUGACCCAACAUUGCAGGAGACGUGCUUGUUCUGUCAGUCACACAGGAAGAGAAACACAUUCAAUGGCAAGGCAAAAACUGAAUGUUAAAUUAAGCAACAAAGAUCUACAAAAUUUGUGCGUGUAUUGUACUUGCUCCUGCCAAUUGGGUUUAUUUUCUUUAGCUUUUUAUGAUCUUUAAGACCAAGGCUUCUCUCUCUUCUUUUCUCUGUGUGUUUAACCUUGCCCACCUCAAGGUUGGCCUUCUCCAUUGAGCUUGCAGGUUUGUCCUUGAAACAAAGAACAUCCCAAAACUAGAUGCAGAGCCUCCUCAUUCAUAGACCCACUUGCACACGCGCUUGCACAGCAGAACAGCAUGGCCUCUCGUACAUGUGUGCAGGUCUUGGCCCGCUCCAGCUUGGCUCUUGUGAGUCACCCAGGAUCCACAAAACCCCAUCUGAGAUUUCUUCACACAGUUCCCAAACUGUGCAGUCAAUCCCAACAAAGCGGUUCCUCUGGCUCUAAAAUGCUGGUGCACUUUGUAAAUCAGUCGGGGGUGAAGAGCAGCGUGUUUGUCACAGAGGGAGAGACUCUUCUAGACGUUGUCAUCAAGAAGAAUCUUGACAUCAGUGGCUUUGGAGCAUGCGAGGGCACUCUGGCCUGUUCCACCUGUCACCUGAUAUUUGAGGAGAGUGUGUAUGACAAACUGGAGCCAAUGGUGGACGAAGAGAUUGACAUGCUGGAUUUGGCUUACGGACUCACCAAGACAUCUCGUUUGGGCUGUCAGGUGACUGUGGAGCGUUGGAUGGAUGGAAUGACUGUUCAUGUUCCACAAGAGAUCAGUGAUCAACGAGGAAAACAAGAGGCAGUGAGCACCAAAUGAUACACAAGCACUCACGUAAAUGACCAUGUUAACUUAACACUUAAUAUAUACUAAGAUCUAGUUUUUCUUUCUAAAACUGAUUUUGUAUUGUUCUGUUUUAUUGGCAUAUGAACAUGGUACUUUACACUUCCACGAAAUAAUAAAAUGAAAGUGACCAACCAG